CAUUGGCAAAGGAGCAUUUGGUAAAGUUUAUAUGGGAUUCGAAGAUGACGACAUCGAAUGGUACGCUAUAAAAGAAAUAUCAGCUGAUUUGACGCACGAAAACCUCGACAAAUUGAAGAACGAAGUUAAGGUGCUGGAACCUCUAAGUCAUCCUAAUAUUGUAGAAUUUGCAGAUAGUUUUACAGAAGGUGCAUGCUUUUACAUAGUGCUGGAGUUCUGUAACGCAGGCGAUUUGAAUGAUUUUAUUCUGAAUAAUAAACUUAAUUAUUUAAUCAAGCUGUCUUUUACUGAACAGAUUUUUGAGGGCUUGUCAUAUCUUAAUGAGCGUAAGAUAAUACAUCGUGAUAUAAAACCAGAUAACAUAAUGAUAAAUUAUACACAAAAUCGUUAUACAAUCAAAAUAGCAGAUUUUGGUUUGUCAAGAUUUUGUCAAAACGUCACUGGGGAAGAACCUUAUUACGAAUUCUCGUACAGCCCAAAAGCACCGCUUUAUUAUAGUGCGCCAGAGUGUUUUAGUAAAAGAAGUAUAACCAUGGAUAACCAUAGAAAUACACCCAAAGAAAUCGUUAUUAAUGGAAAGGUAACCGCUACAAGCGAUAUCUUCAGCUUGGGGUGUCUCAUAAUGGCGAUGUUUUCAGAAACCACAGUUCCCUGGGUUGAAAAAAAGCCGCUCUUAGCACCGUUUAUUAUUGUAAAUCCGCCCAUACAAAUAGCCAGCGCCACUCCAGAACAAACAACUGACUAUAUCAGAAAAGUCAUAAAAAUUCCAGGCCAGCCUGUAAUGGAAAAAAAAUUUCAAGCUCUUAUUGUUGACAUGGUCGAGAGUGACUGGCGUGAUCGACCUAAUGCAAAAGAAGCUAGAGACAGAAUGCAAACACUCCUCCGGUCUCCAGCAACCAACCAAGCAGGAAUUAACUAUCCUCAAGCAGGGAAGGGCUAUCCCGAAGCUACAAUACUGCAGCAACCAACCCAGCAGGAAAUAAUUACACCCGCAGCAGGAAUUAACUAUCCGCUAGCAGGAAAUAAUUGUCCCGCAGCAGGAAAUAAUUAUCCCGCAGCAGGAAUUAAUUAUCCCGCAGCAGGAAUUCAAGAUAUUUGA